AUGCUCAUGACCGAGAUCUAUCAGAAAGCUUUUCAUGCCAGCAGUGUCUUCGCGAGCAUCUCCAGACCAUUGAAGAGGCACUGCGAACGCGUUCUGGUGCAGAAGCAAGCACGCAAGGCUUCCUACGCCUUUGGUGCGAUGUGUUGGGUACUGAAGACGACUUUCAACAAUGGGUCGUAG